CACUAAAUUCUAGAUUCUGUUAAAAUUAGACGAAAAUCGAUAAUAAUUUAUUAGAAUUUUGUGUUGAUAUUUUACCAAUUAUACUAGCAAUAAUAGGAAGUAGUGCUACCUUUUUGCGAAAAUGGUUAACACCCCACUUUUCCAAAUAAUUCCUCUCAUUUAACAUAUCAGGUCCAAGACGCUCUAGCAGCAAUGUUCGCAAGCCUCAAAAGCAAGAUAAAAGAAGAAACCGGUAGUGACAUCAGUAAAUUGACUAGUAGUUGGAGAAGUGGCGCUCUUCUAAGUCGCUUAACGCUGCGAGAUGACUCGUCCACAACAACGCCAACCAGUUCCGCUGGGCAAGUGGAUUCUACCUCAGAUUCCAUCUCACCACAACUACAAACAUAUCUAUCUGAUCGUACUGGGGGCGAGAUAGACCAGGUGGCGUUACAUCAGCAGUACACCGAGCAGCUGGAGGCCAAGCUGAGAGACCGAGAUUUGUAUUGGGAACAGAAAAUUGAAGAGUUACGAAAUAAUUUCACAGCCGCACAAGGAGAAGAAGCAAUAGCAGCACAGAGUGUGGCUCGUAUUGCACAAGCUGAGGCGGCUAAGGCAAUAACCGAAAGAGAUGCAACAGAGAGGCAGCUCAAUGAACUCAAGAUUCGGCUGGCUGCUGCCGAGAGUGCACAACUAAAACUCGAUGCCCUUAAUGAGGAGGUAGAAGAGCUGCGUCGGUCUUGGACGCAGGAGCGCGGCGCGCUGCGGGCGGCGGCGGGCGCGGCGGAGGCGCUGGCAUCAGACGCGCAGCAGCAGCUCGAACUGCUGCGGGCGGCGCUGCCGACCGACCAUCCUGAACACCACAUGCAUGAUGACGACAAAAUCUCUCCAACUGGUUGCGAGUCGUUCGACCGCGUGUGUCGCGAGCGCGCGGUGCUGUCGCGACAGCUGACGGAGGCGCGCAUGGCGCUCGCAGACGUCAAGACGUCCUGGAGCGGGCAGAUCGCCUCGCUUGAGACGCAGGUGGCGCGAGUGUCGCGACAGGCGGGCGAGGAGGGGGCGGAGAGAAGGAGAAUGGAGGCGGAGAGAAGAGAGCUGUUAGACAAGAUUGCAAGCUUGACCACCGAGUUGGACAAAGCUAAACAGAAUCUGGCUAAUAGUGAGGCAAAGGUGGCGCGGCUGAGCGGCGAGGUGCGGGCGCUGGCGCAGGAGGUGCGCGGGCUGCGGGCGGGCGCCGCGCACAGCGACGAGGUCGCGAUGGGUUUGGAAGCGAGAAUCGAGGCUUUGAGUGAGGAGAAUAAGGAGUUGAGGGAGGCGUUGGACAGUGAGAGGAGGCUGGUGGCCAUACUUCGGGAGAAGGUGGACAAGUCCGGUGAGAUGUACGACGAGCAGACGGCCCGCGUCAACCACCUCAACACCACCAUGGCGGACAUGCAGCACGACUUUAUUGAUAUGCAGAGGAAGUUUGACAAGGAGAAACGCGAGAAGGACGAGGCACUCCUGCGCAACGCUCACAUGUCUCAGAGCAUGGAGAUGAGUCAGUGCAACGUGCGGUACCUCGAGACUGAAGUUGUCGACCUCAAGAGCAAGGUGGCGGAGCUUGAGGCGGUCAUCGCGCAGCACAAGGAGGUCCAAGCGGAGUGCAUGGUUAUCAAAGAGAACGACAAGUUGAAGGAGGACAAGAUCGUCGAACUGCAGCGGCGGAUCCAGGAGAGGGAAGCCAGCGAGACCGAUCUCAAGAAGACAAUACAAGACUUACAAGUUGAAAUCUGUGAUAAAAAUAAGAAAAUAAAAACUCUAGAUAAUAGGAUAUCGGAUAUGAAGAAGACGUUACAGAGGGAACUGCAGAGCAGCAAAAGUGAUCUCACGACCGCAGAGGAACAGGAUAUUAGUAGAAGGUAUCUAAAGCACGUGGUCCUCCGUUUCCUGACGGCGCGCGAGUUGGAGGCGCGGCAGCUCACGCGCGCACUCGCGACGUUGCUCCGCCUCUCCGCGCACGAGGAGGCGCUACUGCGUGCGGCGUUGCCAGCUCGCGCGGGGCUCGCCUCCUGGUUCCCCUCGCUAGGAGCUUGAUAGGUCCAGUAGCAUGGAAGGUAAACGUUAAAGGGGAUUUUCCUUUUUUGGAACUGGAAGCGUUACCAGCUCGCGCGUGACACGCUUGGUUCCUUUUAAGUAAAAGGUAAACGGAAAGGGGAUUGAUACACAGAGAACUAAGAUAAAGGUAAAUAAUAUCACGGGUGGUAAUUAUUAUCUUUCCUUUUUGGACACGCCUUCUGGUUCCUUUUGCUAGGGACUUGAUACGUUAUCAUAGUAUUAUGAGGAAGAGGUCGUUUUUUAACUACGGUUGAAGCUUAUACAUUUGUAAGUAGAAAUAGUUUGAGGGUGCGGUUUUUGAAAAGUUCGGUACAAAAAUUUAUCGCUACAGUUGGUAAUGAUGACAUUCGUAUGCAACGCAUAAAUAAUUUUUAUUGGGACAAAAAGAGGUUUUUUAUGUUAAAGAGUAAAAAGACUUUAAAUGGGGAAUUUUUGAAUUUAUCACGGCAAUAGAGUUGAUACAAGCGUAUGAAUGAUUUGUGGUACAUAGUACAUACUACGAUGGCUACUAAGACGCAAAUCAUAUAUCCAGUCUUGUGUAUCAGAUUUACUUUACCUGUUCAAUAGCAUCAGCUUGUAAAAGUAUUAAUUGACUGUAUUUAUAGCUCGAAUGGAAAAGAAAGUAUUUUGAGAAUAAGAAUUUAUAGAACAGAAUGGCAUCUCUGCU